GCUCUUUGGGCAGAUACAAUGGCAACGCGGGCAACUCGAUGGAUUUGAGUGUUCUGCAGAAGUUUUCAACAUGGGACAAUGAUAAUGACAGCUGGCCGGAGAGCAGUUGUGCUAGAAGACAUCACAGUGCCUGGUGGUAUGCAUCCUGUGCAUUCUUCUGCAAUCCUAAUGGCAAAAACUUUAAGUGCCGACAACUGGGUGCUGUGCGGGGCAAGGCCAUUAUCUGGAACCACUGGCAUGGCUUUGAUAAAUCACCCAAAUUCGUACAACUCAUGAUAAGAUCCAUAUCAGAAACCAAUUAUUGAGAAUGGCGGUAUUCUUAAAACCAAAUACUCUCCACAAUUAAAUUCUGUAUUUUUUAAAAUAUAUAUAUACGCGCUAUA